ACAAACGAACAACUUUUAAGAAUAUCUUUACAAGAAAGUAUCAAUGAAGUUAUCGAAAAAAGUCACAAGUUGCAAGGUUCUUUACUUGCGAUACGAAAAGAAAUAACCGAGUUUCAGCCUAAAUGCGAAUCAUGUGAUAAUCUUAAAGCUCAGUUUAAAAAAAUUAAAUCUGCAGUUAAAAUCAAAAAAAAUCAAAAUUUAUAUGAUGCUGUUAUGUCUAUGAAAAAAGAAGGUGAAGAAUUCAAGGAUAAAUAUUAUAAGUUAAAUACUAAGUAUAAUUAUAAUAGAAUGGUUGAGCAAUUUGGAGAAAUUACAGAUUAA